UAUAUUCACAAAUUUUUACUUCUUGUUAACAUUGUUUACUAAUAUAUUUGUAAGGAUGUAUUAAAUGAUUCAGCACAUAUGAUGAGGUUACUAUUAUUCUGAAGAUGGCAGAAGCUGACAUAAAUGAAGCUGAUGUGAAUAGUGACGAAGGUGAAGAGGAGAGUCUUACAAAUGGUUUAGAUGAUGAAAAUGUUGAUAUAGUUCAUACAGACAGUUUUGAUUCUUCGAUUGUUCCUCAAAGGUCAAUGUCAGAUGUGCAGUUAACUUCACGAGAUAUACGUCAUGUUUUAUUAGGAAAUUCAAUGUCAUUUGAAAAUUUGGAUGAUGAUAAUGAUGAUGAGCCACCUUUGUCAGGAAAACGUGUGUCAGAAAGUUCUCGAGUCUAUUUUGAUUUGUCAAAUAUUGACUCAGAAACAGAAGGUAUUACCCAGGCGUCAAGUGCAAUGAAAGAUGUCCGAUACAAAUUACGAAGAAAUCAAGCAUUACAACCAAUACCUCAAAAUGAACUCUUAGUGACAAAGCAGACGUCAAAAUAUUCAUACAGUUCGAUGAGUACAAGGUCAUUUUCAUCGGACGCUCUUGAGGAUAUUAAUGAACAUGGCGACUUUAUCGAACCGGAAUUAUCACCGGAAUUUAUAGAUACAUUGCAUAAUGAGCAAAUGGGUAGUUUUUAUAGUAAAUAUCCUUUGCUUGUAAGCCAAAGUCCAGGAGCGUCUGAAAACCAUGCAUCCUGGCAGAAUAAAAAUAACCUCAAAUUGAAAUAUCAGCAGUUUUGUUUUUCACUUGAGAAAGACAUAUCUGAUCUUAAAAGAGCAACUGGAACUGAUGAAAUCAAACCGCUUAAGAACAUUUUGGAAUCCAUGACCGAUGCAUGGAAUUUUCCAGUCUAUGGAAGGGAUUUGGCUUGCGGCCUUUGUGAUAUAAUAAGAAAUGAAAGUGUUCUUAGCCUGCUGGUGAAAAAUUGUGACAAUGAAAGUCACGAUAUUCUCCAAGCAUCUGCUGCCUUGUUAGAACAAGUUAUGUCCCUGAAAAAUCGUGAGAAAGUCACCAAAGAAGGGUUAGAAAAAGUUGUCAGAAUGAGUCAGAGAUCAAUUGGAGAUCAAAGAUUAGCUUUAAGUACUGUAGGAAUUUUGGAAAAUUUGUUUAAAGUUAGCACAGACAUCUCAACCAAGGUGAUUGACUAUGGUGGUCUUGAUUCAAUCUUAUACUGGUGCCGUAGUAAUGACUCAAAAGUGUUAAGAAAGUGUGCAAAAGCGUUGUCAAAUUUGUCACUUUUCGGUGGACCGGAAAACCAGGAACUGAUGACUCAGCAGAAAGUUCCGGAAUGGUUGUUUCCACUAGCAUUUUCAGAAGACAAACAUGUGAAAUAUUAUGCAUGUUUGUCUAUCGCAGUUCUUGUUGCUAAUAAGGAACUAGAGGCUCAAGUUAUAAAAUCAGGGACUCUUGAACUUGUGAUCCCAUUUGUAUCUGCUGAAAAGCCGGAGGAUUUCGCCAAAAGUGAUUAUGCUCAUAGGCAGGGAAGAGAUUCUGUUUGGCUGGAAAAGUUGAAACCUUUGUUAUGUAGCAGACGGCCAGAAGCCCAAGCGUUAGCUGCUUUCCAUUUUGCUAUGGAAGCUGCUAUAAAGUCAGAACAAGGCAAAAAUGAGAUAUUUUAUGAAAUUGGUGUGAUAGAACCACUCAGGAAAGUAGCAAGCAGUCCGAACGCUGUGGCAUCGCGUCUCGCUAGAGAAGCCUUACAAGCUAUAGGGGAGGAAACUCCGCAUAAACUUUCACAACAAGUUCCCUUGUGGACGACAGAAGAUGUGUCUCACUGGGUGUCAGAGAUUGGUUUUAAGGAGUAUGCAAGUCAGUUUGAAGAUUGUAAGAUAGAUGGAGACUUGCUGUUACAGAUGGAUGAAGAUGACAUGGUGGAGAGUAUUCAGAUGAACCCAGGAAUGAUCAGGAGAAGAUUUCAACGAGAAUUGGUCAAUUUGAAAGUGACUGCUGACUACUCGUCAUACGACCCUACAAAGAUUGACCCCUGGUUAAUGAGCGUUCUACCGGAACUGUCUCAAUAUACAUAUGCCAUGCUGAGGAACGGGAUGGACCGAACAUUGUUGUCAACAACAACGGAAGAAGAACUUAAAGAAGUUUGUGGUGUUAAUAAUGGGAUUCAUCGAAGGAUCAUUAUGCAGCAUUUAAAUGGGCUGGCUAUUGGAACAGAAAGCGAGGUGUCACCCGAUGCAAGUUAUCUUAGAAGCUCCGGCGGUCUGGUAACAAGAUCAAGUAUAGAUUGUGGAGCCAGCCUGGCUAUCUGUCCUAGACCUGUUGAUGUGUUCAUAAGUUAUAGAAGAUCCACAGGAUCUCAACUUGCCAGUUUGUUGAAGGUUCAUCUACAGUUGCGAGGGUUUUCUGUCUUUCUGGACAUAGAUCGACUACGAGCUGGCAAGUUUGAUGAGAAUCUACUCAUGAAUAUAAAACUUGCCAAACAUUUUCUCCUGGUAUUGACCACCAAUGCUCUAGACAGGUGUAUCGGAGAUACAGACAGGCAGGACUGGGUUCACAAGGAGAUAGUGACGGCCUUGGAGAGUCAGUGUAACAUUAUACCGAUCCUAGACAACUGUGACUGGCCGGAACCGGAACAAUUACCCGAUGACAUGAGACCUGUGUGCUAUUUUAACGGGAUUAGGUGGAUUCAUGACUACCAAGAUGCUUGUAUUGACAAAUUGUACAAAUUCAUCCAUGGUCAAACACUCAUUGCUCCAGCACAGCCAUUAUCCCUGCCAGGCCCAGACCAUGUACACGGAACAGAACAUGUACACGGAACAGAACAUGUUCAUGGAAAACAUGACAAGAAGGAGGUUCCCAUCUGCAGUGUCGUUUCAGCUAAGAAAGCUAUAGAAAAGGGGAAUAAAUCUGAAAAGGUUGAAGACUAAAGGGAGAUUACUCUCUAGCACAUGCAUACAGUUAUAAUACAAAGGGAAUGUACUCACAUAUUUACCUGUAUAAUUGUGUAUUGGUAAAGGGAGAGCACUGUUCAUGUAUACUGUCUCAUAACAUAAUGGUCAAGGGAGGUUACUUGAUAAGGAAGAUAAAUAACCAUAAAUAUUCCAAUACUGAGUGAGUAAGCAUUUAAUUAUAAAGAUGUGGCAUGUUGUAAAUACAAGAUAACUCUGAACUUUUGAAGGGUAGAUAACUGCUGCAAAAUAACUUAACAAAGCUCUUCUUUAAAGGGAAACAACUGCUUGGACUUGAUAGCACAGUUGCCUUAAUUGCUUAAUGGGCAAUCACUGAUAAGAACAAAAUUGUGGAAGUGAAUUAUUUUUACUUGAGAUGAAGUUUUCUGAUUGAGUGACACAAUAUCGUAAAGUUCUGGAACUUUAUGCUUUGUUAAAUCUUUAUACUGUUAACUAUUUACUAUAGUUAUUCUAGUUUUUAAAGAAUUUUAAUUUAAAAUAUUUAAUUUCAAGCUUUUGCUCAGUUUGGAAAAAUAAAACCAUGAAAGUUAGCCUGUUAUACUUUAGUAAAUAUUAAAGUAUAUAAAAUGAUCACUUAAACAACAAUGCACUCAAACUAAUAGACACAUAGUGCAUAAAUAUCAUUUCAGAUGCAAUUUAUUUGACAUUGUUCUUAUUUGAUUUUGUUUUAAAUUGUUCAUUUCAUCAAAUUUAUUAUAAUACUGGACAUUUAUAAAGAUGUUUUUCAUUAGAUAAUUGUGAUGUUUAUUGUAAGUUACUUUAUGUUCAUGUUGUCAAUAUUUUGCAAAUUUAUGAAUCCAUUAAUUGCAAAUUUGAAUAAUAACUGACUAAUUUGCAUCUGCACCGAAGGGUGACGCCCUCUAUGGAAUGAAAUCAGAUUUUGUAAAAGGGCAAUUGCAACUUCUUGGACCUUUUCGUCGGUCAUAAUAGCCGAUCAUUCGGAUUGUUAUAAUUUAUAAUUCAGUUGAAGUCUGUAACAAACAUUUCAUAUAUAAUUGUAAUAUAAGUGUUAAAAAUACCAAAAUUAAAGUGUGCAAAAUUGUUCAAUAAAUAAAUCCUAAUGUAAUAAUUAAUCAGAUGUGACCUUGACAAAAACUCUCUGACCAUCAAGGACAUAUUUAAAAAAUUAAUCAAAUUGCAAUAACUUAUUUAUAUAUUGGUUGAUUUGGAAAAAAUAUCAUUUAGGACAAAAAGGUCAUAUUUAGUUUUCAAAUAUUACCUUUGACCUCUAAAGCAAUUAUGGUAAAAAGAGAAGCAGAGUAUGUGGCCUUUGCUAAUGAUGGCUAGUUGAAACCUGGUUACCUAGUAUUACCAUGUUAAGAGUACUGACUACCCAGAUAUGACUGAAAAUGUGUUCAUAAAAACAGACAAACAAAUUCUUAUUGCUUUCAUCAGCUGUAUACAUGUAUAUAAAUUAAAUAAACAUUAUGAUUGUCCAAUGAGAGUCAUUGUUACAAAAUUGAGCCGCGUCAUGACAAAACCAACAUAAUGGGUUUGCGACCAGCAUGGAUCCAGACCAUCCUGCGCAUCCGUGCAGUCUGAUCAGGAUCCAUGCUGUUUGCUAUCAGUUUCUCUACUUGUUAUAGAGUUUGUAAGUGAACAGCAUGGAUCCUGAUCGCGACGCAGCUCAAAUGUGCUGUAUUAUAAUGAGUUAUAAAAUCAUUUAACAAACUCAAGUGUUUCAUAUAUUGAGUUGUUUAAGUUUUGUUGUUACAUGUACUGCUACAUGAUUUUGUUUAUUCAGAAAUAUAUUGCAUUUCCCUUGUUGAUAUAUAGUUGGAAUUAACCUGGGUACUUCACCAAAAUUUACUUGUUACUUAUAUACACUUGUUUUAAUAUAUCUGUAUUAUAGAUGUUGCAUGGUAGUUGUUUUGGUAUAAACAUGUUUAUUCUUGUAAGAAGAUUGUAAACUAUUUAUUUCCUAUAGUUUUUUGUUUACACAAUGAGAGCUAUUGUAUAUAAUAGCAGAGCUAUAUCUCAUUAAUAUGAAUAUGCAAUGACACUGACAUUUAGCCAUUAAUAGCUGCAACUGAAUUUU